AUGUGUGACAUGGGGGCACUAGACAACCUUGUGGCCAACACGGCCUACCUGAAGGCACAGGGUGGAGAUGACAAGGAGAUGAGAAGGCGUCGGCGAAGUCUGUCACUGCCCAAACCCGAUCAGUGCAUCACGGCUCGCGACGCUGUCGAGAAGGACUUCGAGUCUCUGUGCGAGAAACAGCCGGUCGGGAAGAGGUUAUUCCAGCAGUUUGUCACUGCCACCCCAGAGUACGUGUCUGCCACUGAAUUCCUGGACGAACUACACGACUGGGAGCUUGCAGAAGCGAAUACCAAAGACAAAACCAAGCAAAACAUCAUCAACAAGUUCUGCAAGGCUGAGUCCAGCAGCUUCUUAUCCUACCUGACUGGUGAAGUGUCAGAUAAGUGUAAAGCUGUGACAGAGAAGGACUUUGAGGAGGUGGUGGUGGGAAAGGUGAAGGAGGCCACCAGGGCGUUCCUGAGGGGGAAGCCAUUCCAGGACUACAAGGCUAGUCUGUUCUACGACAAGUUCCUUCAAUGGAAGGAGUUUGAAAGACAGCCUAUUACUGAAAAGUACUUCUAUGAAUUCAGGACCCUGGGCAAGGGGGGGUUUGGAGAGGUGUGUGCUGUACAGGUGAAAAUCACCGGUCAGAUGUAUGCCUGCAAAAAGCUGGAUAAGAAGCGCUUGAAAAAGAAACAUGGAGAGAAAAUGGCCUUGUUAGAGAAGAAGAUUCUGGAGAAACUGAACAGUCUUUUCAUCGUCAACCUGGCUUAUGCCUAUGAAACCAAGACACACCUGUGCCUGGUCAUGAGUCUGAUGAACGGCGGUGACCUUAAGUACCACAUCUACAACAUCGGAGAAAAGGGAAUCGACAUGGACCGAAUCAUUUACUACACAGCACAAAUCGCCACUGGUAUCUUGCAUCUGCAUGCCAUGAACAUUGUGUAUCGUGACAUGAAGCCAGAGAACGUACUGUUGGACAGCAAAGGCCAGUGCCGGCUCUCCGACCUGGGGUUAGCCGUGGAGGUGCCUGCAGGAAAGACGAUCACGCAGAAGGCUGGCACUGGUGCUUACAUGGCCCCAGAGAUCCUGAAGGAGAUUCCGUACCGUACUUCGGUGGACUGGUGGGCACUGGGCUGCAGUAUUUAUGAGAUGGUGGCGGCCCACACACCCUUCAGGGGGCCCGAGACCAAGAAAACGUCUAAGGAUGACAUCCAAAAACGCAUCUGUGAAGAUGAGGUCAAGUUUGAGCACAAGGGCUUUGAUGAUGUCACCAAAGACAUCAUAAACCUCUUCCUCAAGAAGAACAUUGAUGAGCGCCUCGGCUGCAAGAGUGACGAUCCACGGAAGCAUGCAUUUUUCAAGUCCAUCAACUUUCCCCGCCUGGAAGCGGGCCUGAUUGACCCCCCCUGGGUGCCAAAGCCCAAUGUGGUGUACGCCAAGGACACCAGCGACAUUGUCGACUUCUCAGAGAUCAAGGGGAUUGAAUUCGAUGCCAAGGAUGAAAAAUUCUUCAAGGAGUUCAGCACAGGAGCUGUGGCCAUUGUCUGGCAGAAUGAAAUGAUAGAAACUGGACUCUUUGAUGAGCUGAAUGACCCGAAUCGAAGAGAGUCUGGAGAUGGACUUUAUGAUGAGAGAUCAUCAGGCACCUGUACACUUCUAUGAAGCCUCCAGCAGUCAGAUCUGUAACCAACUCCGUAGGAGAGAGUUUGAUAUUGGGGAGGACACAACUUAAUUUAAAUACAAAAAAUGAUUUACUGAGUGAAUGAUUCCAAAGUAACUACCGGGGGGUACAUCCCUCCACCCUGUGUAAUAACACCAUAUUACUUAUAUUUUGUUUCUAAUUAUUAUGCAAAUACUAUUUAAUAACUUGGUUUUAGAUGGAAACAGCACAAGAGUGCCUGUACAUAUUUCAGCUGUGGCUCUUGUAGGACAUGAAGGGGUUAACGGUCGGCGGAUCAUAAACAAGAAUCAGUUGUGCAGGUGGACAGACUCUUAUCACGUCGAAGCAAUGUCCUAACAGAAGGUCACACAGAUACAUGGGCUCCUUUGGAAGCGAAGGAGCGAGAGAGUUAGUCGAUGAGGACAACAAGGCCAUGAACCGCGUGUGGCCAAUGAACAGGACUGUGACAUUCUGCACUCCAUAAUCUGUUUACCUCAGUGAGGUUGUCAAUGUGAACUCAUGACUAACUGGCCAGUAAAAACAGAGUUCAUUAAAAACUGACGGGAAGAAAUGAAUUAAAUAAGACCAACAGACACAGUUUUAAAAAGAAGUGUCAGACUGAUGCAUAAAUAAUGUAAACCUACUGAUUGGUUGUGAAAUUUAGAAGAAGUUUGGCAGACAACUGAUGCAAAAGUAAUACAAAGAAAGCAAUUUAUUUUUAUAAAAGUGCUUGAUGAACUGUAUGUUAAUUAAUCCUGUAUACAAUGGAAUUAUGUUUAACAUAAACCAAGCAACUGUGUAUAAUCUGUUCCAAAUGACCAACAGCAGUUUGAAUAUUUUCUACAAUUGUCAAACACAGUUCUGGGAAAAGAUUUUUGCAUUUAGAUGGUUUAUCGCUCAUUACUUUAGGAACAUGACAAGGAUUCUGCGGGUGUAGCUCUGCAAGCAGUAACCCAAAAGACAGAAGCUUGUUUAGUGCAACACUCAGCUGGGCAUUUGGCGCCAAGCGAUCCCACAAUAAUGGCCCCUUUGUGUGAGUGGCUACGCUUUCAUCAAUUCACAUGAAAGUGUGAUUUCAUUCGGGUGUUUGGGUUCCGUCUGCCUUGAGAA